UCUAUUAGGGGAACUGAAGUUGAACUUCUCUAAAGUGAAAUAGAUGUCAGGUUCCUCCUUCGCUUCCCUUUAUGGCCGCUGCUUCAGGGACCGCAAGAGUCCGGCUCUGCUGCUCUGCCAAAGCGCCUACAGCUCAACACCAUGUCUGCAUUUUGUUCUCCGUAUAAAAGGAACUAUGAUUCAAAAGAGAGACGUUGUCCUUCAGGCCCGAUGAGUUACUGCCCCCUGGUGGUGGAAACCGGUCAGUGCACCAGAAGAUAAAGUAGGAAAAGCUCCAGAUGUCUGUUUGUUCCUCCGUUGAUGAUGUUGUUGGAGGACACGAAGGUUCGUCCUCAGUGCGGAGGAGACUUCUGUCUCCGUGUUUGUCUCCAUGUCUAAACUACACGCGCUGAGACUGUUGCUGCGACAGCGAGGCGACGCCGAAGAGACAUCAGCUCUGAUUGACGGAUUAAUAUCAGAUUAUGAGGAGGAAAUUCAUCGUUUGAGAGAAAACGAGCGACGAUACAAGCUGCUGGAUGCUGUUUUCAGCCCCACGGUCCGAUUACAGCGAUCAGAUGUCCAGCAGCUGCAGACUAAAGAAGAACCCCUCGACCUGAAGGAGGAAAAGGAGGAAGUCUGGAUCUGUGUAGAGGGAGAACAGCUUAACAGCCUGGAGAAGGCCAGUGUCAACAAGUUUCAAUUAAUUGAUGUUACCAGUGAUGUGAAGAGUGAGGAUGAUGAACCUCAAACCUCACAGCUUCAUCAAAGCCAAACAGAGGACAACAGAGAGACGGAGCUUCCAGUCAGAAGAUCCGCUACGCAGAUAAAAACAGAGAAGUAUGGAGAGGACCGUUACGGAUCAGGACCAAGAAACGUAAAUCCACAUAGUCCUUCACAUCCAAAUACCGAUGAAGAAAAGGCUUUAGAAUUCUCAGAGUCUCAAGUGAGUAAUGAUAAUUGUCAAGACCUAUUGUCAAAUUCUGGACCUGAAAGUCUAGGCAGAGACAAUGUUUACAAGAAGACAAGGGCACCGGAGUCUGCUGCACCUGCCCUGAAGCAUCAGGAACCUCAUGCAUGUCAUCUGGGUUGUGACAUUGGGAACAUACCCUUUAGCUACUUUAGGUGUAGUUAUCGAUUUUACUACAAGGGGUUUCUUAGGAGACACAUGAUGUGUCAUUUUGGAAAAAUGUCCUCAAUUUGUUUUGGUAGUAAGAAAUGCUCGAGAGGAAAGCAGAAAGAGUCACGGCAAAGAGGCCUUACAAGAGAGAAACCACAUGGUUGUGAUAUUUGUGGUAAAAGAUUUGCAGAAAAAAAAAAUCUGAAGAAACAUCAGAUGGUCCACACAGGAGAGAAACCAUUCAGUUGUGAUGUUUGCGGGACUAGAUUUAGAGAACAAGGAAAUUUAAAGAGACACCAGAGAAUCCACACAGGGGACAGACCAUUUAGUUGUGAUCUUUGUGGGACUCGAUUUAUACAAAAGGCAGGUUUGAUGGAACACCAGAGGAUCCACACAGGAGAGAAACCAUUCUGCUGUGAUGUUUGCGGUACUAGAUUUAGACGAAAGGGACAUUUGAGUAGACACCAGAGAAUCCACACAGGAGAAAAACCAUUCAGUUGUGAUUUUUGUGGAACUAGAUUUACACAAAGGGGAGAUUUGACUACACACCAGAGAAUUCACACUGGAGAGAAACCAUUCAGUUGUGAUGUUUGUGGGACUAGAUUUAGACAAAAGGGAGAUUUGAAGAGUCACCAGAGAAUCCACACCGGAGAGAAACCAUUCAGUUGUGAUGUCUGUGGGUUUAGAUUUUCAAACAGGGGAAACUUGAAGAGUCACCAGAGAAUCCACACAGGAGAGAAACCAUUCAGUUGUGAUGUUUGUGGGUCAAGAUUUACACAACAGGGAAAUUUGAAGAAACAUCAGAGAGUCCACACAGGAUAGAAUUGGUUCCUUUCAGUCGAACAAGAUACAUGAUUUCAGUGUUUUAGUUAAAACCAUAGCCAUUUUAAUCAUUCUUGUUUUCUUUCUCCUGUGUUCAUUUAAAGGGAACAUAUAAUAAAAAUUCCAUUAUUAUAGACCAUCGAGCAUGAGGCCUCACUGCUAUACAGCCUCCUGUACUGCCGUUGAGUUGGCUGCUUUCUUAAAGUCUCCUUCUCUGAAUAGGUUUGAUAUCAGGUGCUAGUCAUACCAGCAAGGAGAACGCACUGUAGUUCUGAUAUGGAGGAAGGAAGCCAAACAAAAACUGUUAAUCAUCAUUAAUCAUUCUAUUUAACAUUUACCUUUUGUGUGUAAUGUGGCGUCCACACGUAUCCAGACAAAGAGACCCGGUCACUUUAACAAAGUGCAAAAUGCUAAGGGGAGAUUUUUAAAGUGCAAUAAAAAAAAUGAAUUUUAUUUAAAAUAAACUGAUUUUAUCUUA